AUGCAAGAAAUUCCAGUUAUCGAUUUUUCAUUAUUUGAAAACGACAAAUCGACGUGUGCGCGAGAAAUAAAAAGUGCAAGCGAGUCCGUCGGAUUCUUUUAUUUGCGGAACCAUGGUAUUUCUGAUACGUUGAUAAAUGAAAUGUUUAGUCUUUCACAAAAAUAUUUCAGUCUUCCGAUCAAUGAGAAACUCUUGCACAAAAUAAAUGAAGAGAAUCAAGGGUAUUCGCGGAUGCAUCAGGAAAUACUUGAUCCUAAGAAUCAAAAGAUCGCAUUUGCCAUCGCGUUAGAAAUUUCUGAAACAGAAGGAGGCAGGAACUGGUUUGCAUCGCGACAUUCAUAUGAUCGGAAAUCGGCACCAAUCAUCCCCGGAUGUAUUCUAAUAAAUCUCGGAGACCUCUUGGAAUUUUGGACUAAAGGAUUACUCAAAUCCACUAAACAUCGUGUCGUGUUUCGUUCGGAUACUUGUAAAUUUGAUCGUUAUUCAAUCGCAUAUUUUUGUCAUGCGGUUGAUGACGAACCGGUGAUUCCAAUUCCUAGUAAUUUGUUGGCAAUUAAUGAUGGUAAUAAAAUUGGUGAAAAUGAUAGUAGUAAUAUUAUCACAGCUGGUCAGCAUCUAAGAAAGAGGCUUGAUGAGACUUAUAUUUAUUUUUAG